UAAAUGUCCUAAUUUCUUCCUAGCAUGGCUGAGGAAAUCUACCGAUAAAUAUAGAGUUAAAAUUGCCUCGAAAAUGUCUUCCAAAUUGGUUCGUAAAGGCCUUGAUCUUGUGAUCGGGGAAGGAGUAUCAAGAUCUCAAAAACAGAAGUUAAAACAGAAGCAGAAACAACUCGCUAAGAAGCAGAAAAGAACUUCGAGAGGAAAUAAACAGAAACAAUCACGCGCACGUGAAGUAAGAGGCUUGCAGUUAUCAUCAGGCCAGAAAAGAAAGACACAAGAAGUUGAUUUUACAGAGGAGAACUUAGAGUACUUCAAGAAUGCCACAUGGAAGAUCAAGAAGGACACUUAUGACAAAAUUUUAGAAAGGCAAAGUAAAUUCCAAAGGAAAAAAACCAAAGAUGAAAAAGUUGAUGACUCAGAUGCUGAAGAACCAGGAGGUCUGUUUGAUGACUAAAUGAAGAAAAAUGUACCAUUUAAACAAAUCGAUUCUACAGCCACUAAGGGGAAGAAGACAAACUUAUCUGUACUUUGUGGUCAUCAAGGAUCUUGACAUCUCGACAUGUCAGAAAGUGAACAAUUUCGCGCAAGCAGGUUUUGAUGGUCAGAAAGCAUCGGUUGUAUGGGAAGGUGACCUUUUCGACGCUCAAGCUAAUUUUUGAUUCGAUAUGACGUUUCGGGAACCCUUCGCAUCAACUUUGGGAGUUUCAACAGAGGAUUGCCUAGCAAGGAUCUUGUUUGCUUGAAUGCAAUUCUAGAAAAAGCUCUUCUUGCAUGAAGAAGCAGUUUUUUCGUGGCCUUUGACUUGUACAUUCCUCUUUGCUGCCUAACUACCUGUGGGGUACUUUCAAGGAGUCACAGGUUCUUGAUUUUUCCGUUUGGAAAACGCUUUACCGAUCGAUUUCUCUCCAGCAUCAAACAUAAUCUGGCUGUCCCCCUGUCAUCUCUCGCGCUUGUGCAGUAAGACCAGAAAUUGCGUGUGUAUUUACAUUUAGAAUUGGUAACUGCGAGAUGUCAUUUCCUUCUAACGGUGCCCGUACGUUUGCCGGGUUGAUUAGUUCCCGAGACGUGUGAAUACUAUUAACACUAUGCUCGCAAUACUGCUGGAGUUCCAGGGAGUUUUCUGUUGAGGACCGAGACGGGCGCUUUGAGUAACUGUAUUGUGGCCGAUCAGGUUUAGAUUUCCUUCCUCGCCUUCUUGCUUCAGGGCUGUAGCAUGUUAUUGUGGUAACCUGGUCGGUGAGAAUAAUUUCUUCAGUGAGCUGCGAAGAAAGGAAUGAAAACCAAUUUUAAAAAAAUCGUCGGAGAGCUGUCAGGCACAAUGAUAAUGAUAAUGCAUAGCCACUAAAUAAAACACUAUGAUUA